AACAAAGCUAGUGGGACGUUGACCCGGAAGUAUUAACUGACGCCUGCCAAUCAAGUUGGACGGUUGGACAGCAUUUUUUCCAAAGCAAGUCGUUGUUUUGCCACUGGCAUUCAGUUCACGACCACUUUAGUUCUUUAUUUAAAACGUUCUGGGUCACCCUUCACAUUAUCUGCCAACGGUAACCGGAGCGCCAUGAUGUCGGCGACGCUGCUGCUCAGGCUGCGGGUCAGCGAGCGACUGGAGGCGGCUGUAGAGGAGAUCUUCGGACUGGUGGAGAAGACGGUGUCGGAGUGUCAGGAGGAAGCUGUCCGCAGCAAGAGAGAAAUCCUCCAGCUGAGAAAGCAGAUCGAGCAGCUGACCGUCCUGAAACCGACGGUUGUAUUAUACUGUGCAGAUGCCCAGCCGGUCCCUGCGCUUCCUGUUCUGGAGGAAAUGGAGAUCCAAGAGCAGUUAGAACAGAAGGAAGCGUAUGAGUGUUUCAGCCCAGACACGGAGGCUGAUUCUUCAAACAAUGGUGAAUCAGAACCUGUCCCUAGCUGUGAGCUGCUCACAUGCUCCACGGCUCAAACUUUGAGUGUAAACCAAAGCAUGAAAGAAGAGGGGAACGAAAGAGAUGGAUCACCGUUGCCUUCACAGAGUCAUAGCGCUGAGGUCUUUAAGGAACUCCAUCCGCCUCCGAGAGACCAAACGUAUUGCCGUCUUUGUGGUGAACGUUUCACGAGGGAUGUUCAUCUUAGAAAGCAUGUAGAAGAGAGCCACAAAGGGAACAAGGCCUUUAAAUGCCUGGAGUGCAACAAGGAGUUUGAUCAAAGGCACCACCUUAUUAUGCAUAUAAGAAUUCACACAGGGGAAAAACCCUUUGCAUGUGAUUACUGUGACAAAUCCUUUGUUCAGAACUCUACUCGUGUUGUUCACAUGAGGUUGCAUACUGGGGAAAAACCGUAUUAUUGUAACAAUUGUGAGAAAAGUUAUCACACAAGUAAUCAUUUCAAACUUUGCGAAAUGAGGAAAAAACGCAAAAUGGCAAAAGAAAAGAGGAAUGUAGGUAAGAUUAACAAAAAGAAGGAGUUUAAAUGCCUUGAAUGCAACAAGGAGUUCAAUCUGAAGCACCAGCUGGUUAUGCAUACAAAAGUUCACUCUGAUGAAAAACCCUUCAGUUGUGACGUGUGUGACAGAACUUUCAGAUACAAGUUCAAUUGCCUUUCUCACAUGAGACGGCAUACUGAAAAAAAAACUUUUAUUUGUGACAAAUGCGGCAAGAACUUUGUAUGUAGCAAACAUCUUGCAUUGUGCACAGGGACAGAAAAGAAAAGCACAGAUAGGUCCAUUCGGUGUCCAACAUGUGGCAGAACUUUUUACACAGAUGCAGACCUGAAGGUGCAUGUGCAGGUUCACGAGUCAUGGAAACUGCACAUCACUGAGAAACAGCAAGGACUGAACUUGGAAGAAAAAUCUUAAAGCUGUGUGAGAAUGUGUCUGUGUG